GACAAUGAAUAUCAAAAUAUAGCCUAUAGAACAAUACACAGAACACAUAUACACAUUGUGGACACUUGAUAGAAUUUGGAAUUUCACGAAAUGCCAGUAUUUAUAAAAAACUUACAGAUCGUGCGAAAUAGAAAAAAUACAUUGACUAAACUUAAAGUAAACUAUAAAGUUUUACAUAAAGAUUUACAUUAAUGGAGAUAUUACCAAAGAAUUCGUACAUACUACCUGAACAGUGUCCUUUUGAAAUCCAAGAAAUUAAAGAGAUUUCUACGAAGACUGAUUCAUCAAUUAGCAAAGAUCAAAACAAAGAUAUCACCAAGAAAUACUUUUCCCAUUUCGAUUUAAAUGAGAGUUCAGCAUUAAUGGACAGAGACGAAAUAUUUGAUGGAAAUACAAAGACUUUACUGGAACAAAACCAGGCAAGUGAUUACAACAGGACUAACAAUGUGAGUCGACACGUGAUUGAGUUAAGCGACAAUAACUCCAAGAUGGUUCUGCGGCAGCAAUUCGGAGAGAUAGCAGAAUGUGGAAAUUCAAAUUUGCAAAACAACGCAAUGGAUUAUGAAAAUAUGGAAAUUCUUCGGAAGCUACCACCGGACACGAUUGUGAUAAGGCAAAAAACAAAACUAGAGGAUAGCAAUUCCAGAGAAUUGACAGAAACGUAUAGUAAUGAUAGCUGUUUGAUUUCCAGCUAUACGGAUGUUAAAACGAAAGGAAUUUCACGAACUCUCAGAAACAAAACUCUCAAAACGAUAGAAGUGAGACGAAAUCCCAUGCGAGUGUCCAAAAGAAAUAUUGUUAAGGAUUUUUCUAGACCCAAACAACGAUUAUUAGCCAAUAACAAGAAAGAAUUUUUUUCGGAUUAUGAAUUUGGGAAACGUAUAAAAUCAUCCGCGAUGCCAUACAUGAACACCAGAUCUGUUACUCGAAAGAUGUAUACUGUAGGUGCUACUUAUCAAGCACCUACAAAAAAAGAUGAGACGGAGUGGAAGGAAUGGCCCGUGCAUGGAAUGCAUGAGAGACCAAUCUAUCAUCCUCAAGCUGGUUUAGCAGUGGAGUAUUUAGGAAAAUAUUUCACCAGCCUUGAUGGAUUAUCUUAUUGCGAGAUUAUUAAUGAGCCUGAUAUCGAAGUGGUCUCUGUCGAUCCGUAUUGCAAUAGACGAGUAUCUUCGGCCGAAAAGAAGCUAAAGGGAAAGAUGAGAACAAAAAAUAAACGUUCAUUGAAUACUAAAGAUGCAUGGAAUACAUAUCUCUCUAUGAAUAACAAAUCUUUUGAGACAUGUAUGCAUGAAAGUCUUCAUUGUGUAUUUGGUUAUUGUUCGCAAGUUAUGACACCAAUUUAUAAGCAUACUGUAGAAGAAAAAAUAACAAAGCUGAUGAUUUCUGCAGCCAAGACAAACUCUUUAGAAUUGGCGAAAACCACAACAAAUGUCAAAAGUAAUGUUACAACUUCUUCCGAGAAUGCUAAGCUUACAGAAGAAACAAAGUUAUUAGAAGCCUAUGCUAUCGCCAUGGCGCAAAGCAUUCAAAAUAAAGAUAUUACUAAUAGCACAAAUGAUCAAGGAGUCGCCUCAACUUUUCCGUCAUCUUCAGCAAUGUAUGUACCAAAAGCACAGACAAUGAAGCUUAACAGUUCAAAGAUUACUUCGCAGAAUGGAGAAAUGGUUAAGAUGAAUUUGAAACAGAUUAUUCGGGACGCUCCAAACAGUUCUCUAAUUUUGUUGAGAAGUUCGGCUACAAGAUCUGCGAGUGGCGAUGCUUGCGUAGCAACCGCAAAAAAUAUAUUUAACUCGGCAAAAUCUGAAGAUGCGUCUAACAACGAGACGUUGAUGGGAAUGUCAAUUUACAAGAAGUUGAUGUUUGUGAAAGAACCGGCUUCGAAAUAUGAUAAAUUAUCAAUGAAUAACUUGCAUACCUUGAAGAGGUAUGCUACGGAUACACAAGAAUAUACGACAAAGAAGACUUUUUUCGAAAACUCACUGGAUAACAAGAAAACUAUCCAAGUUAAAGAGGUACAUGAAAGCAAAAAUCCUGAAAAAAUAAAGAUGAAUAGAGAAUCAGAUAAUAGAAUAUCUAUAACGAGUUCUAAUAAGAACUUCGCAUGGUGCACCAAUAAAACUUCGGAGAUUGCCAGAAUCUUAUCGGAAUACAACGAAAGCACGUUGAGAAAGUCCUUGACGCAGAAUCAAAUUUAUAGUUCAAGAGAUAUAAAAACAAGCUUGACGAAUCCGAGCAUCAACAAUUUGCCGAAAAACCUCUGGCAAAAGAACGUAAUAGAUGAAAAUCAACAAUUUAUAUCCUAUCCAAAUACGAGUUUUGAUUUCCCACAGGGAAAAUGGAAAAGGCUUCAUCUAAUGCUGGAGAAGACCAAGGACAGUCAGAUUACUGGUAGCAAUCAAAACACUCGGAAGAGCUCUUCAACAUUAUUAGAAAAUCAUAAAGUUUUUUCAAAGGAUCAACAAAUGAACUCAAGCACAUUGAAUUAUAUAAAAAAGAAUUCUAUUGACUCUCAUAAGGAUAUAAAUAAACACGAAAUUAUCAUGAUUGAUGUUAAACCGAAAGAAGAGAAAUCGAAAUGUUUUAAAGAUGAAUCGGAGAUAUCAAAAAUGGGAACGUUGGAAGACCUUCUGGAGAACACUGCGAUCUUAUAUUGCGCCGCCAAUGGAGUUCAUCAAGAUGAUUUAUCGAACUAUAUUAAUGCCCUUGACAGCAAGCAAAGCAUUCAAUGGUUAGAGACUUGCAAUACUUCUGUGUCAUACAAAAAAUUAAAGAAUUGAAAUAUUAUUUUAUUUAAU